AUGUCGCAGUCUCAGGAACUCGGUGAACCUAUCGUGAAAGAGGAGAGGAUUACCACCAUCCUCCCCGAUGGCCGCAAGGUUACAAAGAUUAUCAAGAAGAUUACCCACCAGUACCAAAUCCAGGUCCCCGCUGGCACGCCCGUCCCCGAGGGUGCCACCCUUAUCUCGACCCACACCGCCGAAGGUCCCAUCGAGACCUUUGAGAAUAACGACGGCAACGGAACCACCACCUACCACACCACCUCCUCUUCUUCCUCAUAUGGCAAUGGUAACGGUCAAAACAACGGCAACGGCAACGGCGCCACGACCACCUCCCACACUUACAGCUCGUCAACCAGCGACUCGUCGUCGCUGCCCCAGGAGUUGCAGCAGCAGUUCCAGGACUUUAGCCUCGGCCAUGGUUCUGUCGAAACCACGACCAACAACGAGCCCACCGUUGUUGUUUCAUCCCACGUUGAUGAUAAUGGCCGCAAGGUAACCAAGACCACGACCACGACCUCGUCCUCUUCCGGCUCGCCCUUCAAGAAGUUCUUCAAGCGCUUCUCGACCCAAUCCUCGAACGACUUGAAGCCCAAGAAGGAGAAGCUCCUGCCUCCAACCCCUGUUGAACCCGUCGUCUACCAGACCCAGACCCAGACCCAGACUCAGACCCACCACGAGACCAACAAGCCCGAGGUCAAGGUCACUUCUUCUACCACUACCUACGAGUCUGCCCCAGAGAUCAAGAAAUUUCAAUUGAUGGCCCUGGAGGCGAAGCAGGCCGAUGGCACCCGUAUCGCCCUCUCGAACUGCACUGGAGAACGCCGUGCUCUCCUCAUCGGCAUUAACUACACUGGCCAAGCCAAUGCUCUUCAUGGAUGUGUGAACGACACCGCUAUCAUGAAAGGAUUCUUGCAGGACAGAGGUUUCACAGACGACAAGAUCCGCGUCCUCACUGACGAUCAGGUCGGUACCCGCUGGAUGCCCACCCGCGAGAACAUACUCCACAACCUCCAAUGGUUGAUUCGCGAUGCCGAGAAGAACGACUCGUACUUUUUGCACUACUCUGGACAUGGAGGUCAAGUCCAGGACUUUGAUGGUGAUGAGACGGCCGGCUUCGACAACUGCAUCUUCCCUCUGGACCACAAGGAAGCCGGCGUCAUCAUCGACGAUGAAUUGCACAACAUGUUGGUCAAGGCUCUUCCUCCUGGUGUCCGUCUGACUGCCGUCUUUGACUGCUGCCAUUCCGGUUCGGCGUUGGAUCUUCCCUACUUGUACGCCAGCACAGGUUAUAUUCGUGGUUCGUCGGCCUUGGCCAACUUGGGUCAUGAGCUGGUUGAAGGUAAUUUUGAUGCCGAGGCCCUCAAGGAGCUCCAAGCCAAGUGGCAGAAGCUCCAGGCCGAGGAGAAGGAGUUUUCUCGCCAGGUCUGCCUCAAGGCCGCCGAUGCCGAUGUCAUCAUGUUCAGCGGUUGCAGGGAUGAUCAGACUUCCGCCGAUGUCCAAGUGACCCGCGGCGGCAAGUCGUCCUCCAACGGCGCCAUGACCUAUGCCUUCACCAAGAGUAUCCGCGAGAACCCUGAGCAGUCAUACCAGGAGAUGUUGAACAGCAUCCGCGAUCUUCUCAAGGAAAAGUACAAGCAGAAGCCCCAGCUCAGCUCGUCCCGCCCCAUGAAUAUGCAGGAGUUGUUCCAUAUGUAA